UCCUCGCCGGGUCCCUCCGCUCUCGCCAGCCCCCGCCUCUCCCCCGCUCUCGCUCCUCCUUAUUGACAAAUACACAAAGGGCCGUGCCGGGCUGGAGAGGCGUCUGGAGCCGGCAUGGGAGACAAGAAGAGCCCCACAAGGCCGAAGCGGCAGCCGAAACCGUCCUCCGACGAGGGCUACUGGGACUGCAGCGUGUGCACCUUCCGGAACAGCGCCGAGGCCUUCAAGUGCAUGAUGUGCGAUGUGAGGAAGGGCACCUCCACCCGGAAACCUCGACCUGUUUCUCAACUGGUUGCGCAACAGGUGACCCAGCAAUUUGUGCCCCCCACGCAAUCAAAGAAAGAGAAAAAAGACAAAGUAGAAAAGGAAAAAAGUGAAAAGGAAACUGCUAGCAAAAAGAACAGUCAUAAGAAAACCAGACCCAGGUUGAAAAAUGUGGAUCGAAGUAGUGCCCAACACUUGGAAGUUACAGUGGGUGAUCUGACAGUGAUUAUUACAGACUUUAAGGAAAAAACUAAAUCACCACCUGCUUCCAGCGCAGCUUCUGCAGAUCAGCACAGUCAGAGCGGUUCUAGUUCUGACAAUACAGAGAGAGGAAUGUCCCGGUCAUCGUCACCUAGAGGAGAAGCCUCAUCAUUGAAUGGAGAAUCUCAUUAAAAUUUAUUUCCUCCAGGUUCUUUAUUCUUUCCUCUCCAGAACUUGCAAAUACACACAUUGGCCAACAAUUACCACAUUUUCAUGACUUGUUAUCUACCAUGCAUGAUUUGUAUGUUUAUUCAAAUAUGAUUUCUGCAUUUUGUAAAAGCAAAAUGCAGCCAUGAGAUUAAAUUUAAUUGCAAUCUACAAAACAUUUUCAGAUGAACUUUUAAAUCUUCAUAUACAAAGGUGCCAUGAAAAUGUGGUUUGAAUGUUCUUUAUGCAGUGUUACUGGUAAGUCCAUUUCCACUUUUAGUUUAGUGAAUUCUAACACAACUCUUGGACUCUAUACUAUUGGCAUGUACUGAAUUAAAUUUUUUAUAACAUAGUUCAAGCUGCCUAAAUAUGUAUUAUUUGAGAAUUGUGAAACAUAGUUAUAUGUAUGCAAGUCAAAGAUCAACUUAAUCAACUAUUGCUGCAAAAGAAUUUUCAUAACGAUUAUCUUAAAAACACCUGCUGGUACUUGGUGUGGUUGAAUAGGAAAAAUGUUAUUAAAUAAAACAUUUGUAUGAAUUUUUGCCAAUGUCUGACACAUUUUACAAGAUUAUUGUUACUGAAUUAUGUUGCUGGCUUCUCCAAUAUUUUCCUCACACAUUUAGAACAUUUAUUGUAAUGUUUACAAGCAAAAAAAAAGUAAAUCUGUUACAAGCAUUUAUUGUUUAGCUUUAUGAUUCAAAUAUAGUACUACCUUGUCCUUAUACACUGGUAUUUUAUGUUAUAGAACAUGAAUUUGUUCUCAAAUGAUUAGGAAUUUUUAAUCUAGAUUUUAAUAUCUAACUACUGUUGAUACCUUAAAUCCAAUCGUGAUAUUGUUCUCAUUUUGGCUUACUUCUCUUUCCUAAUCCCUUGACUUGCUCAGUGUUAUAGUGAUAUAUCUGUUCAGCACAGAGGCUGGGAUCCAUAGAGCCUCUUAAGUUUUCAAGGGAGCAUUUAUGCAGGCUUGGGAUUUCUUUCCUCCAGUCAUAGCUCUUUGUACUGCAUC